AUGGACUCUGAGAUUACACGAAAUCAGCCCCCGAGCAACGCACCACGUCGACAAGCGCUCAAUGUCUGCGCCCCGUGUCGUGAGAGAAAGACGAAAUGUGAUGAAGCCAAGCCUUUUUGCGGGCGAUGUAGAAGGUUGGGGCUGCAAUGUGCAUAUAUCGAAACCGUCACAUCAAAGAAGAAUCUGUCUGUCACAGAAUUGAAUGACACACUGAAGCGGAUGGAAGCUAAGCUGGACGCUCUCGUGAAGAAUGCUCACGACUCUCGAUUCACAUCAGAUGGCCAGUCACGCCCACAGAACCAUCACAACACGUCAGUCGAGAACCCUGACCCGAUGGAAGCGGUCAGCCCAAUGAGUGUAUUCUCGCCUUCCAAGCUAGGGUCGGUUCAGAUCCGCCAAGAACUCGCCAUCCCGGAAAAGCACUACACGGCACCACAGCAUCUUCUCUCCUGGCCUUGUUCUCCCCUCACUUUGACGGAGCUUGAUCUACGAUACCCAGUCGCGUUGGAGAUCCAGCGACCCAAGAUACGCAGAACGAGAGCACCCCCACGAUGUCUUGCUGGUACUUCUUCGCGAGAUGAUGGUUGGCUGUCCAACCUGUCGCUGGCGCAGUUGCGUGACCUAGCCGACGCUUACUUUAGCCACUUCCACCCGCAAUACCUUGUGUUAGACGAAGACCGGUUCUAUAGCCAUCAUCUCAAUCAAGCUCUAAGGGUAGGAUUUGCUAGCAGCCUUGAUAGCUGUCUAGUAGCACUCGUCCUCUCCCUUGGCUCUGUAGCUGCUUGUCAGACUGGCAAAACAGAAUGGGCCCAGUCCGAUUCCGCGGAUGCCAUACUAGAGCACGAGGCUGGCCUCGGUCUCUUCACCAUUGCGUGUGAUAUGUUCCGAGAUGUUGAGGAAACCGACUGGGUGAGCAUCCAGUGUCUUUUGCUCAUGGCGCAGGGGAAACUAGAAGCCCACCACUGCCAGCUAUACUGGAUUGCUUAUCUGCAAGAAAGCCAAAUCCUUGUCGAGUACGACUUCCCGCCCAGCGGCCUGAGCAGUCUCGAAAGUGCAGUACCUUUGCCGCUACUCCCCGACUCUGGCGCAGACUCUCAGGGCAAAGACACCCAGUUCUACUUCUUGGCACUUGUUGCUAUGAGGAGGCUCUUGAACCGGAUACACUUCCACUUGUACAACAAAGGUAAAAGAGCCAUCAUAGUCUGCGCGAGAAGCGUCGCGAAUGCUGAUUCAACUGUAGAAAGAGUUCAGUCCCCAUCUCACUCCAUCUUGGGUGAACUGAGCCGCCAAAUCGAGGAGUGGAAAGCGUGUCUACCAGUGGCGCUCCAAUUCGAAACAUUCCCGCUUGUUGAAGAAGUCGGACUCCUUUCCUCACGUUCAGUCAGACCAAUGCGACAAAGGUUGAGAGGACACCUCAAGGCGCGCUAUUGUGCAGCAAAGACGAUACUCUACCGCUCUCACGUGCAUCGAUGUCUACAUGCCUCAGCAAUUUCCGCUCUUUCCGACGAUGACAUCCUAGGCGCCAAGGUAGCGGUUUCCUCUGCCAUCAUUGGGGUCUGGCAUGGUGGGAUUUUCCAGGAGCCAUUCGGGCUCCUUCUCUUCCCCAUCAACUCAUGGAGAACUCUUUUCGGAAUCGAAAUCCAGAUCAGUUUCAUUCUGCGUAACGAAGAGCUAGCCGCAAUCCUGCUGCCGGAGGGCUGGGAAAUCACUCAUCAGGCCCGAGAAAUAGCAGCCGCCGCGGCGUCUCAGUUUUCGCCCACCAUUGCCAGGGACUGCGAGAUUCUUCGCAUGCUGUCUUGA